GCUUACUACUCCUAUCUGUUGUGGACUUGCGCAGUUGCUCGCAACUUUAGCCGAAACAGGGUUGAAGAAGAUAUAAAACUUUUUAUUUCUGAACGUUUCAUUUCCUGCAAUCUAUAUUACAAUUCAAUUUAUUUGAGCAUCAGGUUCUUGAUUAAACUUAAAUUCAUCGAAGUGACAAUAGAUAUUAGGUUUCGAUAUCUGGGUUUUGUACAUUUUCGUAAAAGAUGUCUGUUUCGGGAUUAGCUUGUAGUUCGGCAGGCUAUUGUAUUCACUUGCCAGUUCGAUCUCCGAGAGCUUUAAAUGGGAGAUACUGUACCCAUUCCCAGAUUAGAAUUUCGGAGAGGUUGCUUGGACUUGAAGGAACUUGCUUCGCUCAACUUAAGAGUAGAUAUUACCGUCCGCGGACUAACUUGAUCAAGUGUGCUAUGGAUGCUUCAUUUGGUGAUGUUAUGAAUAACCAAUCUGAUGUCUUUCCAAGAAUCAAUGUCAACGACCCAUAUAAACGACUUGGUAUAAGCCCUCAGGCAUCUGAGGAAGAAAUUCAAGCAGCAAGGAACUUUCUAAUACAAAGAUAUGCUGGGCACCAACCAAGUGUAGAUUCGAUUGAAGCAGCUCAUGACAAAAUAAUCAUGCAAAAGUUCUAUGAAAGAAAGAGGCCAAAGCUUAAUAUCAAACAAAAGGUAAGAGAUGUAACACAGUCCCGUUUUGUGCAGGCGGUAUUGAACAGGUUUCGGACUCCUGCAGACAGCAAAUUCAUCAUGAUGACGUCUGCUGUAUUCUUGCUGCUUGGAGUCUUGACUUUCCUCUUUCCCACUGAAGAAGGCCCUACCCUUCAAGUUGCCAUUUCUCUAGUGACUACCAUAUAUUUCAUUCAUAGCAGGUUGAAAAGCAAAAUUCGAGCAUUCCUUUAUGGGGCUGGAGCUUUUACGUUUUCAUGGCUCUUGGGAACCUUUUUGAUGGUAUCUGUUAUCCCACCAAUACUAAAAGGACCAACAAGUUUGGAAGUAACUACGUCUUUGAUAACCUAUGUGCUUCUGUGGGUUGCAUCCACAUAUCUAAAAUAGCCUUUCCCAGCUAUCCAAGUUUUUGCACGCUCUGCAGUGUCUUUUCUUCAGAUUGUAUCUUCCUAUCUUUUUUUCCGUUAGGUUUUGUUAUAUGAGAUAUUUACUUUGCAGUAGAUGCAAGAAAAUUAGCGAGAUUAUUUAUGAAGAGUCGUUAUUUCAUUAUAGAACGAAUUGUACUGUUAAUUAGACCAGAAUUUUGUCUUAAUAGAUGUAAUAGGGACAUAAGGUUUAACUGGCCUUUUUUUCAUGGUUUGCUCACUGUAUUUCUUUCGGAGCCCACAUAAUUCUUGGUGCUGCUCUCAUCGAUGUGAACCAAUCAUAUUUUGCGACUCACAUCGAGUGAAUUCGUAAGUCUUGUUAACAUAGAUUUUAUGUAAUGUCAUUGUUUUGGCUUGUGCAA